GUAUAUUUGGUCAAGUUGGCAUUUACACGUACGUCUGUAAACAUUAGGGCUAUUUUCGCCGGUUCACUUCUGAUUUCCAUCAUUUGAUGCUACACACGAAACUCUUUGUCACCUAAGACUAAAAGUGGAAUAUGUGAAAGGCCAAAUUUAUGUCUAAAUGUUCCUUUUAUUAAUCAAAUCAUUUCCGUAUGUAGAGAUGUAAUUCCUGCCAUUAACGAUUGACUUCCCGCUACAGCUGUGCAAUAUAUUGGAAGAAUAUCACUGAUGAAUGCUUAUGGACUAAGUAUACUGUUGAAGAUGGGAUGCGUCUGUGGGAAGGAAUCCAUAAGGAUCAACAAUGAGAAAUAUUUUGUAAGGUCAAGGCUUGGUGAAGGGGGGUUCAGUGUAGUGGAUCUGGUGGAACACACCAGAAGUCACAGAAAAUUUGCACUCAAACGUAUCCAGUGUCACUCCAAGGAAGAUGAGAGAGAUGCUAUGAGAGAGGUGGAGAUCUGCCAAGAUAUCAGCCACCCCAAUAUCAUCAAGGUUGAGGACCACAUGCUGGUGCCUGUACAGCCUGUGAGUGCCAGCUCUGCAAGGAGUGAAUUGUUGGUGUUGUUGCCAUUCUUUAGGAGAGGGACCUUACAAGAUGAGAUAGAGAGGAUGGAGAGGAAACAUGAACACAUUCCAGAGAGCAGGAUAAUCAAGUUAUUUACUGAUAUAUGUGAAGCUGUGAGAGUUCUCCAUCACCACCAGCCUCACCCUAUAGCACAUAGAGAUCUGAAACCAGGCAAUCUCAUGCUGGCAGAUGAUGGCACAGUGGUACUGAUGGAUUUUGGAUCUGCUGCCAAAGCAAGGGUAGAAAUAAAUGGGCACUCUCAGGCAUUAGCACUCCAGGACUUGGCUGCAGAGAGAUGCUCCAUGCCUUACAGAGCCCCAGAACUGUUUAACAUUCCCAGCUAUUCCACUAUUGAUGAAAAGACAGAUAUAUGGUCCCUGGGCUGUGUACUCUAUGCCUUGGCAUACCUGAAGUCCCCAUUUGAUGAAGUGUACCAGAGAGGGGACAGCAUUGCACUGGCCGUGGGCUCUGGCAAUAUCAGGUUUCCACAAGAUGAAACAUAUUCCCAGGAACUGAGAGACCUGAUACUAUUCAUGUUACAAGUAGAGCACACAGAGAGACCAAACAUUGAAACUGUUAUAGCCAGGCUGGAGGCUCUGAGGAAUGUGCUGGAGAAUAGGAUAUGAGGCUUCAGGCUUACAGAUGUGUACACCCAACACAUUGUCACACCUAACACACUGUCACACUCAAUACACUGGCACACCUAACACACUGUCACAUCUAACACACUGGUCAAACCUAACAUAAUUUCACACUCAACACACUGGUACACCUAACACACUGUCAUAUCUAACAUACAGUCACAACCAGUCCAAUAUCACAACCAACAUACUGUCACACCUAACACAUUUACACAUGACAAUCUCACCUCUAACACACCACACCUAACCCAACAUUACACCAAACACACUGUUUCAACUGUCAGCCUGGCAUGUCCAUUAUUGUUGUUAUGUUUUACUUACUGUUAUUCUGAAGUUGUUGAUAGUUGUUAAAUCCAACACGAUCACCAGGAAAGAACAUGUAAAGGUUACAGGUUUUAAUGGAGUGCAUGAUUGGACUUAUACACAGAGAGGUUUCGUGUAGAUUGCCUGAUUUGUGCAAAAGGUAUUGUGGGUGAUAUAUUUCAGUGGUCUUUCAUUACAUGUAUUUGACGUGUGAUUUGGGUAGGAUUUUUAACUUAUAUGGGUGCUAUCAGGGAUAUGUCCUCCAAAUGAACAAUUCUUUUAAUGAAAGUUAUCGGACUUAAUAAAAUGCACAGAGCUUCAAAAAUUAUGUAGGCAUGUUCUCGUUUGUCUUGACUGUCACAAAUCUGCUUCCAUGUAGUCCUUUAAGCAUAUGUGUGUAGUAAGCAAAUUUAAUUUGUUAUAACCGAUGCCAGCAACCGAUGAUUCAGUUGAAAGUGUACUAGACUAUAACUUGAAUGCCAAUAAAUGAAAACAUUUCUUUGCUUUUGUAAA